CUUCAGUUACCUUCGAUCGUUUGAAAUGUUAAGUUGGAUUUUAUACUGAACUCGUGCGCACGUUCAGAACGAUUUGUCAUAGUUUGCUUCUUGUUAACUCGUUCAACUGAAAUGGUAAUGCUAAUGGCAUAUACCGAAAAUUUCGCGGCCAUUUGUUUUUGAUUGUGAAAAUAUUGAAUCUAUUAUUGUGGAAAAUUGUACGAAAAACCAUUUGAUUACGGGUGAAAAUGAUCAGAUGUAUUGCCAUAUGUGUAUGAAGCACGUAGUUGUUAUAUAAAAUAAGAAGAAAAAAAGUAUUAUUGUGUAAUCGUCGGACAGUGAGCGCUGUAAUAGCGCAAUAAUAUUUAAUACUCAAUAUUAUUAUGGGCGUAUAAAAGAGUUGGCUUAACCGAGAGAGCUUUAUCCAAAGUGGAGUUUAAAUUAAGUGAACAAUGAUUUGUAAAGUACUUGUGUUAUGAAGUGACUAAAACUAUUGGCAAUCCAAAUAUAAAAUGGAUAUAAAAGACAUAAAAGAUGCAAAAGUAACACACGCUGGACUUCUAGUCCAUAACCAAGAUGGAACAACUGAUUUGCAGAAAAUUACUCAUGCGGGACUGGUCGCACGCAGUCCCGAGGGUACAGCUGCGAAGGGAAUGAACAUUCGUGGAAACGAAGAUCUUUGGGUGGAAAUCCAAGCGAAUACUUUUCGAAACUGGGUCAACGAGCAUCUUAAAGAUGCUGGCAUGCAAGUUUCCGAUUGGACUACCGACUUUUGCGAUGGCACACACUUAUGUGCGCUGGUAGAAAAUUUACAGAAAAAACCACUAAAACCGUCAUGGAUACGGCGACCAGGUAAUCAACAUCAAUUUCUUGAAAAUGCUACGAUUGCAUUGAAUGCCGUAGAAGGCGAUGGAAUCAAACUGGUUAACAUUGGAAAUGUUGACAUUGUUAAUGGAAAUAUUAAGCUCAUUCUCGGCUUAAUUUGGUCACUCAUUGUGCGCUACCAAAUCGGUCGUAGUAAAUUUCCACCACGUAAACUUAUGCUUGCUUGGCUACAAGCAGCCUUACCAGAAUGCAAAAUCACGAAUCUUACAACUGACUGGAAUAGUGGUGUUAACCUUUCCGCAUUGUUGGACUAUUGUGAGCCUGGUCUUUUCCCGCAUUGGCGCAAUAUUGAUGCUAGUCAAAGCAUAAGAAAUUGCACAACUGCUAUGAACAUGGCGCAAAGGGAGUUUGGCAUUCCGAAAGUGCUGGAGCCGGAAUACUUAGCAUCGCCAUGGUUGGAUGAAUUGUCGGGAAUGACAUAUUUAUCGUAUUUCAUGAAACCUGGUGGACCUGGAUACAAUGCUACGAUGAGAUGGGUUAACAGUCAGAUAAAGGCACCAGUUUCGAAUUUCACUUCUGAUUGGAACGAUGGUCGUGUAUUCUCAGAAAUUAUUAAAGGACUUGGAGGCGCGGCGCCUGAUCCAGAGAAACUCAACGUUCACCAUUCUUACUGGGAAUCAAAUAUUAAAAAGGCUGUUGAGGCUGGUGAGCGCUUAGGUGUAAAACCAAUUUUGACGCCGAAAGACAUGGCAAAUCCGGAAGUGGAGCAUUUGGGAAUCAUGGCUUAUGCUGCCCAUUUGCAAUGGAUUCCUCCAAGACCACCUCUAUCACAAAUGCUGACAGUCCAUCUAGAAAGCACGUCGGGACGUGUUGGUGAACCGACUUACUUCCGUGUGGAUAUAUUUUCACGUGAAAUUGAAAUGUCGUCGGUACGAGCAUUCAUCGUACCACCUACAGGUGUGCCACAGUCUGUGAAAUUGAGUGGAAACGGGCAAGGAGUGUACGUACCAGAUAAAUACGGAAUGCAUGAAAUUGUUCUCGAAGUAGGAGACGACAAACUUCCAGGCCAUUUCUUCCGGGUACUUCCGAGAUUCCUUCAUGUUGCUCCGCCAGGUAUGGCACCAUGUGCCCUUGGCAGUCUAGUUGAAGUAUUAGUAAACGCAACCGGUGCUCCAAAAACUGAAGAUAUACUUGUCACCGCAUACAGUCCGACUGGACGAUCAUUAAAGUGUCCGCUCAAAAAUGGCGAAGAAGGACACAGUGCCAUAUUUAAGCCAGACGAAGCGGGUAUAUGGGAGAUUGCCAUAACGUAUCAAGGAAGACAUAUUCAAGGUGGACCGUUUACGUGCGCUGUAUUCGAUCCGAAUGGCGUAUCUGUUCAUGGUUUGGAUGGAGCAAUGCCAUUGCGAGCGCAUUCUUUUGAGGUUGAUGCUCGUGGAGUUGGCGUGAAUGGUGAGCUAAACGUUGAUAUCGUACAUGAAAAACAUUCGUUAGUUUGUUCUGUGGAAAAAUUGGUCGAGAACAAGUACCGUGUCACAUUUAUGCCCAGACAGAACGGAAAGUAUCGCGUUUAUGUCUACUUCAACGGGUACGAUGUUAAAGGCUCCCCAUUCAUAAUGCGCGUUGGAACCAAGGGAAAAUCAGGAAAGACUAGAAGCAGCCCGCACCACGAUAGUAAAAAUCGAGCUGAGAGCCCGUCAAUGCAUUACAAUUCGUCAUCAACGAAGCACAACGAUUUUCGUUCUGCAAAAAAGGAACUCUACUCUCAGGAUGCACAUAAUUCGAGAUCCUAUUCUCCGCAAUAUUCUCCGAGUCCGGAUGACGGUUACAAGUCGAAAGAUUAUUAUUCGAAACGGGAAGAGGUUUACUCAUCAAAUCUUAAUUCACCCAAACGAGAAGAGACGCCGCCAAACAAAUAUUCCACGGAAACUUAUUCAAAAUCCAGUAGUCGCAAGAGUAACGAUUAUUACUUCAACAAAGAGAACGAAUUAUUUCAAACGAAAAAGGAAACGGAUGUUACUUUAAAGUCGCCACGGAAGGAUAAAUCAACUGCCAGUUCAUUUGCAUCGAAAAAUUUGUCAACCGACAAAUACUUGUCAAGACAACGAAACGACUCAUUCAGUCCCAUUGAUAGUGCUGCACAUUUGCGUGUCAGUCCGCGCAUUAGCCCUAUAACUGUAACCACAACUUCACGUUACGAAAGCUCUACACGAAAUAUUACUGGAAGCCCUCGGAACUUUUCGUCGUCUCCCUCACCAAAACGGGAUACGCACUCACCGAGUGGUAACUUUAUAACAUCCUCUACACAUCGAAUGUCCAGUCCGGUUACCGUUUCGACACACCAUCGAUUAUCUAGUCCAAUUACAACGACACCACGACUUUCUAGUCCAUCUUUUAACAACAGCAAGGAGACAUUUAAGACCUCAGAGAAGAGCUCCUCGUUCAAGACAUCGAAUUUCGUUGCAUCUGACAAAAACUCAUCAUUUUUGAAUUCAAGACGAGAAUCCAGCCCAGAUGUGGUGGAUCAUUCGUCGAAUAUCAAAGUAUCAACAAUGAAAAAUGGUGCCCGCCGAGACAGCUGGGAUGUUAUAAACAAAACCAAGCAUUUGUUGUCGCAUAAUUCACUUGAAUCUCUGGCCAAUAUGACGGAGAAUCAAUUGAAUACUGAUUUGUCGUACAAUCGUCCACAAGAACUUGAUAAUGAAACGGAACGCAACACCAGAUACAACAAAUUUUCUCUAGCCGAAAAGCAACGCUUAGAAGCUCGUCGCAGUUCCGAGGAAGGGGCGAGAUAUAGGCUGUCGUCACCGAAUACGUCGUCGAUAUCAUUAAAACAGGACACCAGUUUUAAUAGUAGCAACAACUACACUACUACAAUCAAAGAGAAAAGUGAACGUUACGUAACGACUUCAGAAAAAGAAAGCGACUACGCUUCCCGCUUUCGACCUAUUGAACGAGAUGCAUCUGGUGCAAGGGCUAUAGUAGUUCAGGACAUACCAGACGGUGUGCUUGGAAGACCGGUUGAAUUCGAAAUCGAUGGAUCAAGGGCUGGUUCUGGUAAUUUGGAAAUUUUGGUCAACGGCGGAAGAGUUACAUCAUCCGUUCGAGCAUUGGGAUCGCAGAGGUUUAUCGCAAGUUUCACGUCACAUGAAGCAGGAAUGCAUACGGUUCAAAUAACAUUUAAUGGUGACACGGUUCCAGGUUCACCCUGGCACGUCGAUAUAAUGUCAUCGCCAGGCUUAACACCAUUGGGUGAAUCGACCCGACUCGUACCAGCACAUACACCGGCGGUUUUUGAGAUACUGCCGCCUCCUGGAUCAACCCUUAACAAGGGAGAGUGUGUAGCAAAUGUUCUUGCUCCCAGCAAGAGUAAAGUCAAUGCUAGAAUCACCCACGAGGCGGCGAACGGUGCAAUGCGAAUUGAAUUUGUACCGAAAGAAGUUGGCACACAUAUAAUUGAAGCUUCAAUUGGUGGUACAAAGUUAGUCGGCGGACCACUUAUCGCGAAAGUUUAUGAUGCUGGUUUAAUACAAGUAACUGAUGUGAAUGGCGGAGUCGUUGGACAACCAUGUCAAUUUAGAGUUGAUGCAAGUGCUGCCGGUGAAGGUCAACUGGAAAUUUCAAUAAACGAAGGCGAGGUACCGAACCAUGUUCAAGUCGUUGGUGGUGGUCGGUGCUUAGUUUCGUUUACGCCAGAGCAAGCAAAAUCACAUUUUAUCGACAUUAAAUUUAACGGCGAAACAGUGAAUGGUUGUCCGUUUGUUUGUGCUGUAGCCGAUACAAGUAGAGUGUUGUUAAAUUUAUCGAAUCUAGAAUUAAUACCCGUCAAUAGACCAGCAUCAUUUCAUAUUAGUGUAAGUGGUGGUGGGGCUGCAGAAUUAGCAGUUAGUGUACGAGGACCACAAUCAGAACUUCCUGUUCGAGUUACAGGCGAUGUUCACGCUGGAUUUACAGCUGAAUUCACCCCAACAACUGUCGGUGGACAUUCCAUAAACGUCGAGUAUAACGGUUAUCCAGUUCAGGGUACCCCAUUCUUGGCUAAAUCUUAUGAUGCAACAAAAGUUUCGGUUGAAUCAGUAACAAAAGGUACAGUGGGAAGGCCAGUACAAUUCAAUGUCGAUGCCGGUGAGAGUGGAGAGGGAAAUCUAGAAAUAACAAUAUCCGCGAAAGGACACAAUAUACCAACACAAGUACAUCCGCAAGGCAAUGCAAAGUUUGCCGUAUCAUUUGUACCAGCUGAACCAUGCGAACACGUUAUCAAUGUUUCCUUUAAUAAAAUGCCAGUGCCCGGUUGUCCGAUUUCUGUUAAUAUAAGUGGUGGUAUGUCGGGACCACAAGUGUCAUUAGGCGGACCAGGACCGGUACAUCUACCCAAUUCAUUGGUGAUAAAUCAUACCGGCGGCCGAUUAGAAGAUAUUGAAGUUAAUGUUGAGGGCCCUUCCGGACAAUCGGUACCAGCACAAGUGUCACAAACAGCUGACGGAAUUUUUAAAGCUGAUUUUGUACCACGAUCAGUCGGCGAACAUCGUGUUAGUGUAACCGUUAAAGGUCAACCAACUGCGGGCAGUCCGUAUGCAGCAAAGGUCUAUGACGUCGGAGCUAUAAAAGUUAAAAACGUAAGCAACGGAACUGUUGGAAAAUCAGUAACGUUUUUAGUGGAGACAUCACAAGCUGGUCCUGGAAAUUUGGAAGUUACAGUUAACGGAGGUCGAGUUCCAACUUCAGCUCAGGCUCAAGGUCAACACACUUAUGCCAUAAGCUUUACUCCACGGGAAGCUCAAAAUCACACGGUUGAACUUAGAUUUAAUGGUCAAGACGUCCCCGGCAGUCCAUUUACAUGUAAAGUGUCAGCAGCUGCAAGAAUUGUUGCACCAGAACUUCUAGACAAAGUGAGCGUUGGUCGUGUGUCGGAAUUUAUUGUUGAAUCCGAUAUAAUGCCAGUGGUCGAGAUUUUGGGUCCAGCUCGACGGAACAUUCCUGCUCACAUUGAAUCGGUUCCGGAGGGCGGUUUUAAAGUUCAAUUUGAACCGAUUGAUGUUGGAGAUCAUUCGGUUGAAGUUCGUUUGCCACAAAAUGGACACGUUGAAGGAAGUCCAUUUUUAUUGAAAUCAUGGAACUCUGAGAAGGUUAUUGUGACGGAUAUUCGACCUGGAGUGGUUGGAAAGAGUGUCAGCUUCGGAAUAAAUGCAAGUCAAGCUGGAGCUGGUAAUUUAGAAAUAAUCGUUGCUGUCAAUGGGAAAAAUGUUCCAAAUUUUGUGCAGUCGGAAGGAAACGCACGAUUUAAAGUGAAUUUUAAACCGACGGAAGCGGCAAACCAUUCACUAUCCGUUCGAUUUAACGGACUGGCCGUUCCAGGAUCACCGUUCUCUUGUCAUAUUGCUCCAGCUCCAGUGUCUUUGUCCAAAGCUACGGCUUCUGGGGAAGCGCUAAGACAAGCCGCAAUAAACUGCGAUAACAUUUUUGAACUAGAUGGUUUCGAUACCGUGGAACCACAAGUUUACGUCACCUCUCCGUCUGGUGAUAAUGUUCCGUGCAGAUUGUCUUUACGAGACGAUGUGUACAUCGCUACAUUCAGACCGUUAACAGUUGGACGUCAUUUGAUCAGCACAACGGCAAACGAUCAACACAUCAUCGGGUCACCAUUCUCUUGCAACGUGUUUGAUGUUUCUAGAGUAUCAAUAUCUGGAUUAGAACAACAUCACGGACCAACAUCACUUGGUGUUCCAGUUACCUUUAGCGUGGACGCUGCUGGUGCUGGAGAAGGAACUCUUGAGCUUGUUGUUUCAACCGCAACAUCAACAGUGAAAGCGGAAGUGGUUGCUUGCGCUCGUGGACUCUAUGAUGUUACAUUUGUCCCACAAACAUGCGAGCCACAUUUUGUAAAUAUCACAUUCAACGACGUACCUGUCGAUUCUUCUCCAUUCAAGAUCGACGUUCAACAAAGUACUCAACACAUGCAAGUCGGUAGCGUUGGAAUAUUGGAGAAUAUAAGUGACGAUCAACUAAUCGAAAUUGUUGGCCCCGAUAACAAGCAAGUGUCAUACAGUAUUCAACGUCAAAUAGCAGAGUUCCGCACGAACCAAGUUGGCACUUACACUAUUCGAUUCGUUGAUCGGGAAACCAGAACAUUGGUUGGAACUCGUACUUUUAACGUUUUUGAUCCGUCACUCGUAAAGCUCGUUGAAGUUGGUGAAGCCCACUGCAACAGACCGGCCUCAAUUACAUUGUCAGUUUAUGAUGCUGGGCAAGGAACUCUCACAUCAUUGGUUCGAUCCGGAGGUGUUGAAGUGCCACAUUCGAUUAAGGGACCAUCAAAGAACGGUACUUGGGAAAUUGUUUACCAUCCGACCAGAAUCGCUCCCCACAAGAUCAAUAUUUUGUACAAUGGAGUUCCCAUUUCAAAUAAGCCAAUCGAAAUCAAUGUCCUUCCUCCAGUUUCGUCUAAAGAAAUUACUGUGAGUGGACUGGGACUGUAUCAAGCACGCGUCGGCAAGACAACAUCGUUUUCGAUUGAUACAAAUGGAAAACCAGGUCGAGAAUUUGAUGUUGUUGUGUCUGGACCUGGUGGUGAAGCGCUACCCGUUCGAUGUUACCAAACCAAAGGUGGUCAUUUACAAGCCGAGUUUACCAUUACAAAAGUCGGACAGUGUUUGGUUGAGGUUCUACAUCAAUCAAAACAUUUGCCUGGCAGUCCAUUUACUUGUGAGUCCUUUGAUCCGUCCAAAGUAAUUCUACAAGGUUUGCCCAGAGGACAACUCGCCGUUCAUAGUCCGGUCUCAUUCAUUCUUAACUCUUCGGAAGCUGGCCAAGGCGAAAUUGAAAUCCAAACAAAAUCACCGUCCGGUCAGAAUCUUCCGGUUAAAGUGACCGAAAACAGUGACGGCAACUAUCACGUCGAGUUCAUACCAAACAUUCCAGGCCAAUACAAAACUUCAAUCCAUUAUGGAGGCGAGCCCAUUUCGAACUCACCACUCAUAAAUGUUGUAUCUACCGCUGCAGUUCCGAAACUUGAUGCAAGAGCAUCUGGCAAUGGAUUGGAAUAUGCACAGCGUGGAAAAGAAUCAUCGUUCGUUGUUUAUUGUCCAACAACGCCCAAUGUUCAAAUUGAAAGAAUCGAUGAACGUGGCGAAAGAAUAGAGCCGAAAAUCCGUUCGCUGGGAAAUAAUGAAUGGAAAGUAACGUACACAAUUGUGUCGGUUGGCAAAUAUGAAAUUCGAGCCAGUUGCCCGAAUCGUGGACCAUUGCCUGGGUCGCCAUGGAACAUUUCCAGUUUGGAUGCAAACAAAAUCGUACCUGUCGGGGGAUGGGGAUCCAAUUUGGACAAUGAAGGUCGAUUGGUGUUACCCGUUCGAUACACUUUCGAUACAUCACAAGCUGGUCCGGGAGAAUUACUUUGUACCGUUGACGGCAGAGAGCUUGUGGUGGAUAAGCAACCUGAUGGAAAAUCUCGUUUGAUCAUAUCAUCCGAUGGUCUGUCAUCAGGUGAACACAAUUUCGAUUUGACUUGGAGUGGAAUUCCAAUAUCUCAAAGCCCUCGAAGUGCUUUUGUUUCAUCGACUCAGACAUCAGAAAAAGUUGUGCUUAGUGGUCGUGGUCUAGCGGCAGCACAAGUGGGUGAUGUUGCUCACUUUACCAUCGACGCAACUCAAGCUCCGAAUGGAAGACCCGAAGUCAUAUUGCACUAUCAAGAUAACGUGACUGUACCGGUCAGUUUAUCACAACAGAGACCAAACGAAGCAAUUUGGCUGGCCUCCUACACACCACCGAAAGCUGCCGGAGGUCCACUUAAUUUGUCUGUUAAAUGGAAUGGGCGCUUGGUUAAGGGAUGUCCGUUGGCCGUUGUUGUUGGCUCAUCCGUUGAUGCAUCAAAAGUGUUAUGUUCUGGUGAAGGUCUUCGAAAUGGUGUUGUUGGUCGCGAGAUUCGCUCCUGGAUCGAUACACGACGAGCUGGCCCUGGAGAGCUCACUGCACAUUGUACAGGACCACGGAAAGUCGCCUACUGUGAACUGUAUGAUCACGGCGAUGCAACAUUCACCUUGAAUAUCAAACCCCAAGAACCUGGAAAACAUGCUCUCACUAUAAAGUAUGGUGGUCAACACGUUCCUGGCUCACCAUUCGGAUUAAAAGUUGCUGGAGCCCCAGAUGCUAGCAAGGUUCGAGUGUAUGGCCCCGGAAUCGAGCAUGGAGUUCUGGCCACUUUCCAAUCGAGAUUUAUCUGUGACACACGUGGAGCAGGCGCUGGUCAACUAACUGUACGAGUUCGAGGACCUAAAGGUGCCUUCCGUGUCGAAAUGCAACGAGAAAGUCAAAAGGAUCGUACCAUUCUUUGCAAGUACGAUCCAACCGAACCUGGUGACUAUCGCGUCGAAGUGAAAUGGGCCGGUGAACUUGUACCAGGCUCACCAUUCCCAGUCAUGAUAUUCGAUACAGAGGAAGAGCUACGCAGAUACAUUCAAGGAAUAUAGACGAGCCAAUGAAAAUGUUGGUGGCAAAUACUUAUUUACGUAUCUAGACAUAACAUUUAUUAUUGAUAGCAUUAAAUAUGGUAUAUGGUUGUGUCAGCGGAAUUAGUUAGCAACUAAAAA